CGGGCGUCUCGGCAAGCAGGGGAGGAAGUUCAGUCAGACCUAUAUAUUCUCGCGCUGAAGCCGGCUUGCUCACACUGUAGGCUUGGAUCUAGGCGUAGACCAUCUGCCAGGAGCAUUGCAUGCGCACUGCAGUUUGCUAGACCAGCUGACGUUUGCACUGCUCGCACCCUUACGACACAGCUAACGGUAUAGACAUGAAGACGACAGCAGCCUGCGUCGCUCUGCUCACUGUUUUCGGCAUGCUUGCAGAGAUGAGCGGGGCUGCAUUGACAACGGACCCAGAGUGCCACAGACUGCGAACGAAAGUGGAAAAAGUGCGCUCGUACUGCGUCUACCUGUGCCACAUGCCCGAAGGCUACAUCAAGAUGGGCAUGGAGGAGGACGGCACCCCUUGCAGGUUCUUCGUGCACGAAGGCGUGUGCAAGAACGGUCUGUGCCUCUUGGACAAACCCAGAAAAGAUCGCCCUACGAAAGACGACGGUGGAGACGCGAAGGAGGGCGGUGCCGUGACGCCCAAGGUCGACGAGAACACCAAGUGAUUCAACGUGCGCGAGUGUUAUAACCGUCACAAGCGCUUUCGCCAGAACGGACACUUUCUAGUUUUUUGUUUAUGUAAUUAGGACCAACGAUGCGUUAGACCCGAGCGGCACUGAUCGAGGUCAUGCAUAUUUAAGGCGCCGCUCGCGCCUGUGAUAACUCUGUAAAUAAUAUCCACCUUGCGGCGGCUAUUAGUUGGUGCUGCUACUUACGGCGUUCAUUGGUCAGUUCGUAAAUGUAGAAUUGAUAACAAAAUAGUGGAAAAUAAAAGUAUGGCAUUUUGCUGGGCGCAAAAAAUUAGGAAUAUUAAAUUUUUUUUUCGCGGGGAAACACUAAACAUGACCUUGAGAUGCGUCUUAGGGUACUAGUAAUAAGGAUUUGCUGUUUGUCGCUGCUUCUUGUGACGCUGCGAGAGCAUUAAGGUCACCAGUAUACUUAGCGAAAAAACAGGCUCAGGCGACUCCUAAUGAAGGACAGGUGCUCUCGUUCUUUUUUUUUUUGUCUAGCUUAAUUGGUGUUUGCUCACAAACUGAUCUCUGAGAACAUGACUCUUCUUGCAUUUUACCCUGUCACUAUCCUUUCGCAUUUCUCUCUCUCUCUCUCUCGAAAAAUGUCAUGAUAAAAGAAAAUCAGCAGUGCUGUGAAGGGAAUCGCCAUCACAAAUUAUACAUUUUCGAUACAUUUCUUUCGAACUUUUCGGAGCUAGAGAUCACUUUGCGAUCCACAACUUUCUAAAUUUUAGGUCAUGCAUACUGCUUUCCUUCGGCAGAAAAUAAACUUUACGACGCUGCAAGAAGA